CGAGUCCUCCUGCUAUAGUUAUAGCUUUUUUAUAAUUUCCAGUUUAUAAUUUACUUUCUUCUUCUAAGCUCCGUUUCUGCUUGGUUCCCUACUCCCAUCGUUCUCUCCUCCUACUACAAUGGCCUUAUCUGCAAUCGGUUUCGAAGGCUACGAGAAGCGCCUCGAGGUCUCUUUCUUCGAGCCUAGCUUCUUCCAAGACUCCAAGGGACUUGGUCUCCGUGCUCUGACCAGGUCCCAGCUUGACGAGAUACUCACUCCUGCUGCUUGCGAGAUCGUUUCCUCUCUCUCCAACGAUCAUUUGGACUCUUACGUCCUCUCUGAGUCCAGCUUCUUUGUCUACCCUUACAAAGUCAUCAUCAAGACUUGUGGCACCACCAAGCUCCUCCUCUCCAUCCCGCCGCUUCUUAAGCUGGCCGGUGAGCUUUCCCUGAAUGUCAUGUCUGUCAAGUACACUCGCGGCUCCUUCCUCUGCCCUGGAGGCCAGCCUUUUCCUCACAGGAGCUUCUCUGAAGAAGUCUCUGUUCUCGAUGGUCACUUUACUAAGCUGGGCUUGAACAGCGUUGCCUACUUGAUGGGUAAUGAUGAUGAGACUAAGAAAUGGCAUGUCUAUGCUGCCUCUGCUCAGACCUCCAGCGACUGCAACAGCAAUGUCUACACGCUCGAGAUGUGCAUGACUGGUCUUGACAAGGAGAAAGCCUCUGUCUUCUACAAGAAUGAAACUGGUGGGGAGAAUGGAUCAAUGACCGACAACUCUGGAAUCAGAAAGAUCCUCCCCAAGUCCCAGAUCUGCGACUUUGAGUUCGAGCCCUGUGGCUACUCUAUGAACUCCGUUGAAGGAGAUGCGAUCUCCACUAUCCACGUGACCCCUGAGGAUGGGUUUAGCUACGCUAGCUUCGAAGCUGUGGGUUAUGACUUCAACACUCUCGACCUGAGCCAGCUUGUGACGAGGGUUCUGUCUUGCUUUGAGCCGAAGCAAUUCUCUGUGGCUGUGCACUCGAGCGUUGGAGCGAACGCGUACAAGCCGGAGAUCAGUGUGGACUUGGAAGACUAUGGGUGCAGAGAGAGGACAUUUGAGACUCUAGGGGAAGAGAGUGGGACGGUUAUGUAUCAGACGUUUGAGAAGCUUGGCAAGUACUGUGGAUCGCCUAGAUCUACCUUGAAGUGUGAGUGGAGCAGCAACAAUAGCUGCAGCAGCGAGGACGAGAAGGACGAGGGAAUCUAGCAGAACUAUUUAUGAGCUUUCUGUUUUUAUGCAUUUUUUUUAAUAAUUGUAAUGAAUAAAAUGACUUGUGAAGUUGAGGUACUCUCCUUCACAAGCAUGUGUGCUUUGUGUUAUGUACUGUACUGUUGUUAUGUUUGGAUCUUUAAUAUAUGAGAGACCAUCUUAUCUAUUCU